AGUUUUUACCUUCUUAUAUAUAUAUACACCGAUUACGCUACAUUUAUUUCCAUCAAUCCUCAACUCUUCUGUCUUCUCCAUACUUAUAACCCUCUCUCUCUCUCUCUCUCUCUCUCUCUCUCUCUCUGAAACGCUCUGCUUUAGCUUUGGAAAGAAAAUGGGUGCUCUUGAUUCUCUUUCAGAUUAUCUUUCUGACUUAUUUACCGUCGCAAGAAAAAAGAGGAAGCGCAAGCCAAUGCAGACAGUUGAUAUCAAAGUGAAAAUGGACUGUGAUGGCUGUGAAAGGAGAGUUAAGAAUUCUGUUUCCAACAUGAAAGGUGUAAGGUCGGUCGAGGUAAACAGAAAGCAAAGCCGGGUAACAGUAAGUGGAUACGUUGAGCCAAACAAGGUCUUAAAGAAAGUGAGAAGCACAGGAAAGAGAGCUGAGUUUUGGCCCUAUAUACCCUACAACUUGGUGGCAUAUCCUUACGUUGCUCAAGCCUACGACAAAAGGGCACCUUCUGGCUAUGUUAGGAAUGUGGUUCAAGCACUUCCUAGCCCCAACGCAGCAGACGAGAAAUUCACAACCUUCUUUAGCGAUGAAAACCCAAAUGCAUGUUCCAUUAUGUAGGAAUUAAUUUCUAAGCCAAAAAAUAGAAAAUCACAUAUAUACAAAAUGUCAGCAGUUGGAAAUUUGGAACUUUUAGUUAAUUAGAGGAGUUUUGGUUCUGCUUUUGAAUGUAGGUUUUGCAUGUUUAAUUAGCUUUUGUUACGGCAAAUUGAUACUGAGAAUGAAAUAGAAAUAUUUAUAUUUCUACCAAA